AUGCUAGCAAACUAUUUUUUUGAUCAAGGCAGCAUUUCUAAAUUACAAACGUUUUUCAUCAACGUUCAUCACUUAGCAAUUGUUUGCGAUCCACCUUUUGGUGUUUUUAUGGAUGCAUUAAUGCAAACUAUUAAAAAUUUGAAAGAAAAAUUUUUAGCAACUGGCGGGUAA